GUAUUGAUCAGAUGAUUUCAGGUCAAAGGUCAAACCAAAAUGGCGGCCAAAACAUUGGGACUGACGAUAUCUGCUACAGUAUGCGUGUCAAAGAUUGCAGCCUACUACUGUGACAGUGACAGAUGCAGUGAGGAUGAGUACUGCUGCGGAGACAACCUGUGUUGCACAUCUUACAAGGUGUGGGGACUCUGGUAUUUCUGGUUUGGUCUGGUGUUCUUCUUGAUCCUCCUCUCCAUGUGCACAUGUCUAUGGCGCUUCCGGCAUCCCGGCACCGUCAUCAUCAACAAAUACAACUACAGCCCUCUCAGGCAAGAUGGCAACACCCUUCACUGCCGCAACAAUUCUGACCAAGAGUAUAUAGGUCCGGGUGGUACGUUCUUCGCAUCAGCAACACACCCGCCUCCCCCAUACUCCAACUACUCCCCCGUCAAAUCUGCCCCACCCUCUUCCCUGGAUCCCCCGUCGUAUGUAGAGGUGGUUAGCGGACCUGGCGUACCUGGACACAAGACAUACCGCAACAACUGAAGAUGGGACCACAAUGCACCUGGGGAUGUUGUCAUGGUUAUGUUACAACCAUUGGAUACUCUAUGUAUGAUCUGUUAAUGUCAAGACGAACAUUCAUGAAGUGUCUCCUCGCUACUGAACAUAACAAGAACAUACUUAAACAUAAUGCACUGAUGCUAAAGUGCAUGACGAUCUGUUAAACGUUAUCUAAUGUUUUUUACAAAUCGGAAUCUACGCAAAAUGAAUAUUCCUUACAUCGAGAUAUUUAAAUGUCCACAGUAGCUAUAUAAUGUUGCAUAGAUUGAUGACAAAUGGCAUAAAAGCUCAGAAGUUUUUGUUCAUCACUGAACUUUUUUCAGUGUAUAUGAGCGAAGAGAGAAUGAAGAUAUGUGUCACUGAUCAUUAUGAAAGUGUUUCAUGUGUGUGAGAUGAAACUACUGGCUUUAGUUUGUUUCAUACUUCAGAGUUUUUGGCUGAUGAAAAAAUGCCCUACUUUAGGAUUACUGUUUCAUUGCUCACCAUCUGUGUACAGUUGAUGGGACAUAAAGCUCCCCUGAAUUUUAUUUGGUAUGAUUCAGAAACAAAGUAUAUCAGUGUCUGCUAACUCCCCAUGCAGUAGAUAUUGCUUGUAUUAGGCCAAAAUACAUUUACUGUAUUUAUUUCAUUUGCAAAAAAAAAUCAAAAUAGCCGAGAAUCAGUAAUGCGCUCUCAGACCGGUGACACUUUUACAUAGGGCAUGCAAAGUUAUUUCAUAUACACUUCAUUGACUUUGACCAAGUACGCAAAAAAACGUUUUUGAUGUCUCCUUUUUCAAAAGGGUACCCUGACUAUACCACAGUGCUCAUUUCGAAUAUUGCAUACCCAUACUCGUCGGUUUCACCGAAGUGAUAAAUGACUGAGACCUGCAUCACUUCGGGCUUUCCUCCCACAUUAAGCUGUCACGCCGUGAUAUAACUGGAAUACUGUUAAAAGCGGUGUUAAACCCAACUCACUCACUCACUCAUUUCAAAUAUUGGUCAGGAAGUUGUAAUUAGUGCCAUGUGAAACUGAGUCAUCGUCUCUGUGUAAUUCAAGAAUUAGGCCAGGCGUUUUAUAUUUUUCAGAUUACGGACCCACAGACUCUAAUUUUUUAGAUUUCCAUUUUGUUUUUCCAGCCGAUAGCCGAGUAGUCAGUUAUUUUAUUUGUUAGCAUCACCUUUUAGUAAAAAACAAAUGAAUUUACCGGUGUAAACUAGUAAAGAGAUACAUAAUUUAUCUUUGUUGAUCUCGAAGCCGAACAUGAAUAGUCUCCCUUGACAAUUGUCUGUGUUGUAAGUGGUAGAAUUUUUAUUGUUACAAGGGGCUUUAUCAUCACAAAUGGUGGUCUUUUAAAAGAAAAUGCACCUCGCUCCU